GGAGAGUGAUGAAGUAAAGAAUGAUAGGGUCGCACGGGAUGUGGGAGGAAAUCGAGAAGGGCACGGGGUGUACAUACCGACAGGAGCAAGGAAAUCUGCUAUAGGUGCUGUGAGAUCGAAAAGGAGGCCCCAAAAGCUAGUCGGUAUUGGACGGCAAAGGAGAGAAGGAGGGCGGGUCGAGGUGUGUGCGAUAUCUGGCGCUCGUCCAAUUGAGCAAGGACCGGGGGGUUCGAUUCAUGAGAUAAGACGAGACACGAUAUUCGAGCCAUGCGAACCACUGGAGUCAUCUCCUCUCCUGUCUGAUAUUGCCCCUUCUGUCAUGCACGACUCGGAUUUCAAUUCGUGCUACCAACCCUCGGGACUGUCGAACUCUUCACUUCCUUCCAAAAACAGAAAUUCGUUACUCACGGCAAGACAGGAUACAUCCCGGGCACACUCACCAUCCACCGCCCACUGCUUCUUGGAAGAAAUCAACCGCGAGGCUUUCCCCCAGCCCCGAAGUUCAGUCAAGCUCCGCCUUCAACAUGAAGAAGCGACCCAAAGACUCACGCUCGACGAACCCGACAAAGUGCGACGCGGCAGCUGCAAUGGCUUCACCGUCACCAAAAUGAUCAUGUGCGGCAUUGAAGACGCCCGCUUCGUACUGCCGUACUUCCACCACAUCAAGCACCACGAAGUGCGGGCGCUGAAAAACUGGCUAUGCGAGAAGAUGUACGUCAAGAGAUCAGGAGGGAUCAGCCGAAUGGAGAAAGUACUGCACUGCAUACAGCUGCUGCAAACAGGCUGUCGAUACGAAUCGCUUGCAGUGCUGUUUUCGCGCUCACCGCGGCAGAUAAAGGACUCUUGCCAUGAGGUUAUGGCCGGGUUACUGCGUCUGCACUGCGAUACGGUGAAUGUGGACGAGGCUACUGAUCAUGUGGUGCGCAUGUACAUGCCUCUGUGGGGGCUGUGGACCCAGUACGGUGCUACGAAGGGGAAAGCAGCGCUGUACUAUGGCUUCCGUUUGUCACAAGUUGCACAGGUGCUGGGGGCGUUGAACUUGUAUAUUGGGCGAUGGAGGAUGCAGGGUGGGUUUGCGGUCGACGGGCCCAUGUUCAGUUGGGGAGGCGUGUUUGUUAUCCAGAUGGCGAAGAGAGAAGGGAAUUGCAGUAGUGAAUUGAGGAUUCUGGGAGUCGAUGACGACGACGACGAUGGGACGAGUACGAUUCGCUCUGUUGCUAUCGCCAGUCGGCGAUUCGAGAUUGAUUGAGUGAGCUCAGAGGGGUUAAAUCGACACGGAAGCAGAGGAAAUUGCUGCAGAGACUUCGGGACGGUGUAACUCUUUUUGGCGCGGUCAAACAGCCACCUCCAGACGCAACGGGCCAGUUUCAGGAGGAAGGGCACUAGAGACGAACGCAAAUGCCACAACGAUGAGGAUGGGUAUGCUGUUGCAGUGGCGCUUCUGAGCAAGAGGUGCGAACUGGAGGCGUGGUUACGGGCCGGCCUGCACGACGGUCAUGUUUCAUACUAGCGCAAGCC